AUGUCUCUGCCAACGCUUCCGACGGAGGAGGUUUCCCACAACGACAGUGGCACCGCAGACGAGAAGACCCAAAUGGAGCGAGGAUCUGGCAGCUCUGAGCUAAUAUCAAACUCUAUGGACAACGAUGGGCCGAUGUUUGUUUCUUCAAUAACGAAGGAUGAACCUAUCGUUACAAGAAAAGAGUUGUGGAGCUAUUACUUAUACUACAAUGGCGAUAAUGGAGUCGGACCAUUAGGGUUCUCCAUGACUCUAUUCCAGUCUUUAGCAUUCAGUGCAGGCUAUGACCCUGCCAGAGGGCCUGGGUCUUCGUGUAAUGCAGACGGAUCUUCAGGGAACUGUGUUCUUCCUUGGGCAGGAGGAACUAAAUCGGUUUCCAGCAUCGUUCUUAUCGCAAACGGUAUUUGUUUUGCUAUCAUGACCAUGAUAUUUACGACCAUAGGCUCUGCUGCAGAUUAUGGUACCUUCGGACGUUGGUUACUUUUCGUCGUCACAGUUAUCUGCUGGGCAUCGCAAUAUGCUGAAAUGAGCUUGACAACGCCUUCAAGUUGGCCACUCGCGAUGGCUUUAUACAUGAUUGGUUUUAUCUCAUACGGUGCCACGCUAGUGUUUUAUGCUGCAAUAUUCCCUCGUCUUGCUCGCAACACAAGCCACACACGCACAUUGCUAGCUAAAUGCGACUCCGGUGAGAUCACUAAGGAAGAAUACGAGGUGGAGGAAAGUAUGGAGAAGAAUCGAAUCAGUAAUAUUUCCACAGCCCACAGCAACAUUGGCUACAUUGCUACUUUAUGUCUAAACUUGACUAUACUUCUGCCAUUAGCAAGCAACCCAAAAGCCAACAAUUACACCCUUGUUCUAGUCAAUUCUUACUGGGUAAUAACGGGUAUUUGGUGGUUCAUCUUCCAAGAACCUCGUCCUGGACCACCCCUUCCUAAAGGAGAGCGAUAUAUCACUAUAGGAUGGAAACAGCUUUGGGCAGCCAGUAAACAGUAUAAACAGCUACCAUAUACCUUCAUAUACCUAUUCGCUUUUUUCCUUUUGGCAGAUGGUCUGAAUACCACUGGCACCUUGGUUUCCAUAUGUCAGAACGACAAAUUCUCAUUCAGCUUCCUCCAAAAUACGUAUUUGGGUCUUGCUCAGGCAAUCACGUCUACUAUGAGUACUCUCGGUUUCUGGUACUUUCAACGGUACUUUAAAGUCAGUACCAAAAAGAUGUUUGUGGUAACUAAUGUCGUCACAAUUUUCAUUCCAUUUUGGGGGAUGCUUGGUAUCUGGACUGGAAAAAUUGGUUUCCACAACGCCUGGGAAUUUUGGGCGUAUAAUGUCGUCUUUGGCCUUUUCCAAGCACCGUACUACGCCUUCGCUCAGACAAUGAUGGCUGAACUGACCCCACCUGGGUUCGACAACAUGUUUUUCGGACUAUUUGGUCUCUCCAACCGUGCAUCCUCAAUGAUAGGACCAAACGUUAUUCAAGCCAUUAUUGAUAAAUCAGGGAGCAAUUGGAUGGGCUUCCCCUUCCUCUUCGCACUGUGCUUCGCCGCAUCAUUGGUCAUUUGGUUCUUUAUUGACGUUGAGAAGGGGAGGAAGGAUGCGAUAGCAUGGGCAGACGGAAUUCGGAAGAAGUCUGAUUUAGUGUCUUCUUCAUUCGAUGUGGCUCAUGAAUAA